AUGACUGCUUUACUUAAUUUCAAUGCUUUCCUUCGCUUAGUCUUACUGUUUACUUGUACAGUUACUUAUGUAAGAGGCUUUUUACCCGUCCAGGCCCAGAAGACUCUCUUCUCUAAAGAAGAGACCCAAGUAGUUAAACGAGCGCUCUAUGUAGCUUCAGUUGUUGGUGAACGACUUUCACCUUUUAUCGCAAUUCUAUUCCUCUACUAUGCAGCCAUCGAAACCAUUCAUCUCUUCUACUAA